GUCUGGGUCUGGUCCUGGGCUGGGCGGGUCUGGAGGUGCCAUAAUAAAGUGCGUUGCUUGUCAGCGUUUAACCGUUCAGAAACCCAGCAGUCGAUUCGCGUUUUUUAAUUUAUUAAUUCAUCUCACCGCACCGACAUGUCCUCAGACAUUAGCACAGACUUGGAGCGCGAGCUGGGCGACUUGCUGCAGGAGUUCCAGGAUGCAGUGGAGGAGCUGAAGGCCCCUUCUCAAAGCAGAUCUCACGUAUAUCAGCGCAUCCUGCAGGAGGCUAAAAGCUGUACAGGCCAGGCAGAUGACAGUUUAGUCGAGGACUCAGAUUACAGCAGCGAAGCUUCUUUGGGAAACAGUUUGAACACCAGUGAGGAGGAGCUUCACACAGCAGGCAUAACGCUGGCACCGAAAGCCAAGCUGGGAGACACAAGUGAACUUGAGACUUUUAUCAACAUGUUGGACCAGGAACUUGCAGAAAUGUGAACAGAGACGGAAACUGAGCCACGUACACGGGUGGGUGGGUGGGUGGGGGAGGCUGGGGCGACAUGGCUGGCUACUGCCAAGCGGAGAGGCAGAUCUACACCAGAGCAGAUCUGAAGAGGCAAAACGCUCCCCUGGCUGCUCCUGGGGAAAAGGUUAACGAUAGAAAUUAAAAGGGCACCCCAUUCCAAAAUGCAAGAGCACCCUCAGACCCCUGGCGACGCCGCAUCCAGCAAGACGACAUCCCUGCAGCGUCAGAUCCAAGAUGUAUGACACAUUCUCGAAACAAGACACAACUUCCAUCUGUCUGGGAAGAAAAAGAAAAUGCUGCAGAGAGUAUAGAAAGCACAUUUCAUGCCUCAUUUCAAAUUCCUAAGUACUAUUACAGCAAAAAACCCAAAUCCUCAGUACCAUUUUUUUUCAAGGAGGCUGAUCUAUGUUUCAUUCAAAAUUACAAAUGGCACUUUAAAAUAAUUUUUAGUCCAAUGGUUUCAGAUCUGCUGUGUGUAAAAUGUCCUUAAUGUGCCAGCAUUUUUAGUGUACAGUUCUUGUUUAUAUUCUUUUUUUUAAAUAGAAAUCUUUGUACAGAUGAAUGCACAAAUGAAUUAAACUACAUUUUGAUGGUA